GCAUCACAGGCUGUCAGACAAACAUUGUUGAGGAAAGAAUAGACGAAGUUCAUUGUGCGAGUUUUUGUAUUGCGUGCCAGUGAAAAAUAUUAAAGUUUGAUUGCUACCUUCACUUCAAAAUGGAACAAAUUCAGUAUGAAUUUGCUACAGCAGAUAGUGUUUGAAUUUGGUUAUCAACAUCAAUCGUUGAAAGUCUUCGAAACCUGAACAAAGUAAACAUAUUAGUCAUCCAGUCUAGAAGAAGUGUUUUGGGUUUGCCUCGGGUGAAUCGACACUAGAGAGAGAUUGAAGUGAAGAGAGGGAGAGAGGGGUUCUCGUGUUUCACCUUUUGCGUGGAAGGUGUCAUCAGCUGAAGAACCGAACCAAAAUAGCGAAGAACCUUGCACUAAAAAUCACCAACAAUGGAAAAUGAAAGCACAGAGGAAAUUUAUCUCCAGCAUGGAGUGACGUUAAAGAAAGCAAGUGCCACUUAUUUAUCGGCUCUAAACACUGAAGGAGUUCUAUGCUUUGGACGCUUCCAAAAAACUUCACUGUAUUAUUUUGAAUGGAAACAGACGGAGACUUGCGAGGUUUUAGACACAGAAUGCCAAGACAGCGGUUGGUCACUAGUUGAUACGAUCGAAUCCACAUCUUCGAUUCCACUUCCUCUGGAAAAUGGUAAUACUUCUGACAUCGCAAAAUCGGACAUCAAUUCUCCGGAAGAGAAUCAUGCACAGAAAAACACCAAAAUAUCCAUUCAGGUCCUGUUUCGUGACCUCAAGGGAAUCGAAUUCGGCAGAAACGAGCUGCGUUUGUACAACCAAGACUUUACCGUUCACAGUUUGUAUUUGUUCCACCAUGGAUCGCCGCACUCGUUUGUGGAUUUCCUCGAACGCAAGCGUUUUAUUCGAAAAAGCACCCGGCGAAAGCAGUUCUACCAUUGCCUCCAGGAGGAACCGGACAAUGACAAGCUGCAGCGGUCCUUUUCCGAACUAAACAUCGAAGAUAUCAGGAGUCGACCACGGACCAGUACGUACAUGGAUAUUAUGUCCAAGCUAGCCACGGUGCACUUACUACCUGCCGUAAGGCAAACGGAGCCGUCGUCGGAGAGCCGAUCGCGAUUGACCAGUCCGUUGAAGGAAACGGUGGAUGACGGCGGUAUGCAGAACGGGGAAAAGCCAGAAAUCAAUGGUAUUGAGACAAAGUCGCCGAAAAGGAAACUGGUGCCAAGGCCUCCCGCCCAGCGAGGUUGUCCACUGAGUAGUGAGAAGUGGGCCGAGUUUCGAGCUCUCAAUGGGGCGAUUCUAGAACCGGAACGGGUGAAGGAUAUUAUUUUUCGAGGGGGCAUCGACGAAAGCAUCCGUGCGGAGCUGUGGAAGUAUCUGCUCGGGCUAGAUCUCUGGGAGCACAGCGCGAAUCAGCGGGACGAGCGGCGUGCCGCCAAAACGCAGGAAUACUUCCAGAUGAAGUUGCAGUGGCUGACGUUCACGCCGACGCAGGAGCACAACUUCAACGGCUAUCGAGAACGAAAGUGCCAGAUCGAGAAAGACGUCAAGCGUACGGACAGAACGUACGAAUUCUUCGCCGGCGACGAUAAUCCAAAUCUUACCAAGCUACAGGACAUCUUGAUGACCUAUGUGAUGUAUAACUUCGACCUCGGAUACGUGCAGGGGAUGAGUGAUCUGUUGGCGCCUAUUUUGAGCCUCGUUCAGAACGAAGCGGAAAGCUUCUGGUGCUUUGUGGGUUUCAUGCAGCGGGUGUUCAACAACUUCGACAUCGACCAAAAGGGAAUGAAGCAACAGUUGGAACAUUUGCGAACAUUGCUUGCCUUCGUGAACGAAGAACUUUAUAACUAUUUAAAGGAAAAUCAAUCAGAGAAUAUGUACUUUUGUUUCCGAUGGUUGUUGGUGUGGUUCAAGCGGGAGUUCAACAACAAGGAUAUUAUGCAACUGUGGGAGGUUCUUUGGACAGGCUUGCCUUGUCCGAACUUUCAUCUUUUCAUCUGCGUGGCAAUCCUAGAUCAGGAAAUGGACGUCUUCAUAAACGGCCAGUUCACGUUCACCGAAAUCCUGAAGCACGUAAACGAACUGUCCGGAAAUUUAAACUUGCUGGCCGUCCUAGAGCAGGCGGAAAGCAUUUAUAUGCAGGUAAAAAAAACGCUGGAUACAUCCAAAGAAGCGCAGCUCGAACUGCGAAAACUGAUUGGCGAAGAAGUUAGUCCGGACGGGACCGGCAGUGACGAAGACGACGACAGCUGUAUGUCAAUUGUGAACGAAAAGUCCACCGAAGAGCAAGAAUUGAUGCAACGAAAGGUUGAUGAAGCGUGUGACCUAUCGAUGAGUUAUGCGUUUUUCUAAUCGAAUAGACUAGAACGCGCAAGUCGUCGGACGAAGUAAAAAACGACAGUCGAGCUUUUAUGUAGCGAUUUUUUUUAUAAACAACCCUUUCAUUGUUAAUCCCAGUUGCAGAAGGCAGAAAAUAAAAAUAUGCUCACGAAUACUUUGGGCAGAUGGGA